AUGUCAGUAAUCGGACUGAUAGUCUUUCUAUUUAACUCUAUACUAUUACCCUUAUUACCCGUUGCUGCUGUUUAUCUUAUACUUUCAAGCAAAGUGAAGAAAAGAAGCAUUGUUGUCGAAUCAUUAUCGUCAAAAAAUAUUAAAGUAUUUGGGUCAUCAUCGUCAAGCAACAUCGAAAAACCUCAAGCAAUUGAAUCAUAUGAUUCGUCUACCGAAACUGUCCUUGAACCUGCUGUUGUUGUUGAUUUUAUAGUUGAAAUAACAAAUAGUAAUGUUGGCCCACACGUUGAAUCAAUUGUUAACAAUAAUCCAGAACCAAAAAAUGAAGAAGUUGAUGAUAUUUCCAGUGAAAGGAAUGACAAUGAUGAUCCAGAACCAAAAAAGGAAGUUGGUAGUGUUGUUAUUUCUAGCAGUGAUAUAUCAAGCACAUUGAUAGAUUUAAACAUUGUAGAUGACAACGUUACAGAACAAAACUUCCCACCACAUAUCAACAACUUCAACUCCGAAUUGGAAUCAGUAUCGGAUAUUAAUGAUAUUAAUAAAUCUAUUAUUGAAGACAAUGUUGACUCAAACUAUACCAUUGCUCCAAUUGUCGUUGAUAAUGAAAUCGAAGCCAAUGAAUGUAACAGCGCAACAAUUGCUUCAAUCAUUGCUGAUAAUAAAAUAGAAAGUGAUGGAUUUAACGAUUUAACCAAUUUUAUAAAAUCUGGUAAUGACGAGCUAAAUCGAGAAAGUUUUUUAAUGAUGUUGCAGAAUGCACAGUUUGAACCUGAAAUCAUUACAAAUAGCAAUGUUGUAAAUAAUUUUGUAAAUAAUCUUGUAAAUAUCAAUUUAACUGUUGACACAGACUCGAAUAAAAAUUUAAAUUGCUCAAAUGUUGAUUUCGGUUUAUCUGCUGUUGUAGAAACAUCUUCAAAUGAAAAGGAAUACUUUAUACCCAGCGAAAACGAGGGCAACGAUGGCAAUCCAAAUACUGAAAUUAAUGUUGAAAUGAUCAGUAAAUCUUCGAAAGACGCUUGCGAUGCACAGGAUUCAAAUGAUCAUCAUGAAACUGCCAAUUUUGAACAUGAACUAAGUUCAAGUGGUGGUGAUUUAUGCAACAAUAAUGAUGUUACAGGUGCAAUGAUACCACAAGAGACCAGUGACGACAUUGAUAUGGCCAAUAGUGGCUCUAAUAACAAAGAAGAAUCCAAAGUUGAGAAUAUUAAAAUUGAAACGAUAAUAGUUAAAGAAGAUUACCAUCAGGUACCAUCUUAUCAAUCAGUUAAUGAUGAAAUAAAUGAUAAUGAACUUCGAGUGGGUUCAACUGAUCAAUCUAACAAUGAAGAUUGGUUAAAAAAAGCUGCAGAAUUUGU